AUGAACAAGCGUUCGAGUUCGAAACAUUCUGGUGGGUUGAAUCCAGAAAUCGUUUCAGCCGCCGAUAUGGACCGGAAAAUGUUGGCAAUGAAGGCUAAAUUAAUGAAAGUGCCAGCACCAAGCAAAACAUCGUUUGGACCCAACGUUUGUAGGAGAUCUUCCAGCCAAGGAAUGAAGACACCAAACACGCAACAAAAAACACAAACAAUUGCACAUACUCAUUCACUGAACACACCACAAACAGGACAACUGAAACAUUCAUACCAGACUUACACACGAAACGUCCAUCAAAAAGCAUUCAGCAAAAAACAAGGACACACGAAAACAAAAAAGCAAACACAAUCAUCCACACUGAUUCAUACACAAUUAACACAACCCGAACAUACACCCAUUACACAACGACAAAGACGCUCGCAAACAUUUACCCCGGAAUUGACAUCAAGACUGCUACCACCAUCUACCAUCUUGUCAAGCAGUGAGUUCAUCAUGGAUGUAAAUUCUAUGGCGGUCAACAGCAAGAUGCUGGACAAACCAGGUAAAGAAGAGUUUGCUUGGGCAAUAACGAAGGCUCUGAAAAGCUCUAAAGAGAAGGCGAAUAGAAAACUCAAGAGGCAACGUGAGGACCAGCGGGAGGACAUUCGUCAACCACCACGCAGACGACAUCGCGACAAUUACAACUACAAUUUCAAUGAUAACGGCAACAAUUACGGUAACAGCAACGACAACAACAACGAUAACGAUUUGAACUACAACUGUAACAAUAGCACUGACAAUAAUAAUGAUGACGAUGACAACAACGAUAACAAUGACAAUAACUUAAACAAGACCUUAUAUGACAUUGAGUUUGCUGAUGAGGAAUCGGAGCUACAAUAUCGUGGUUUGCUAUAUAAAUAG